UUAUAGUAGGUUAAAGAAUAGACUAAUGAAACCCCUCUCGUGAGAUAGUUUUUGGAGUUGAGGUAGACUUAGAUACCUUAUAGUUUACAUGGUAUCAGAGUUACGUUGAUCCGAGCUCCUAGUCCAUGGUCUUAGAGUGGAUUAGAGUCUUACAUGGACUUGGGAAAUCCUUCCCUCACGCUCCAAUUUGCUUAUAUUACGCGAGAUGCUAGCUGUCCUAUUGAGGCAGUUUUUGUUUUUAUAUUGUAGCUCUGCAGCAUUUUGUUGUAUAUGGAAUAGAAAUGCCUCUGAAAUACUUUUCUAUAUCUGUUUGAUUGCUGAAGGACUAUUGAAUGGGAAAGCGAAGAAACUGGUUUACCUUUGUCAAGAGACUUUUCAUUCCUGAAACAGAAUCAACAGCAGAUCAAAAGAAACCAAAGAGAUGGAGAUGUUGUUUUCUGAGAAAGUUCAAGUUGAGGAAAUGUCCUGCUAUAACAUCAGCACCUCAGCAAACGUUACCUGAGGCGAAAGGAACACCUCAGCAAACGUUAACUGAGGCGAAAGAACAGCAAAGAAAACAUGCUUUUGCAGUUGCUAUAGCAACGGCAGCAGCUGCUGAGGCUGCUGUAGCUGCUGCUAAUGCUGCUGCUGAUGUUAUUCGUCUAACAGAUGCUCCAAGUGAAUUCAAAAGGAAACGCAAACAAGCUGCUAUUAGAAUCCAAAGUGCUUAUCGCGCUCACCUGGCCCAGAAAGCAUUAAGGGCUCUAAAGGGUGUUGUGAAGCUUCAAGCAGUGAUUAGAGGUGAAAUUGUGAGAGGAAGACUCAUUGCCAAACUGAAGUUCAUGUUGCCACUUCAUCAAAAGUCAAAAACAAGAGUUAAUCAAAUUAGAGUCCCUACUUUUGAAGAUCAUCAUGACAAGAAACUCAUCAAUAGUCCAAGGGAAAUUAUGAAAGCUAAAGAACUAAAGCUUAAAUGCAAGAGCCUUAGCACUUGGAAUUUCAACUUAGCUUCAGAACAAGACAGUGAAGCCUUGUGGUCAAGAAGAGAAGAAGCCAUUGACAAAAGAGAGCAUUUGAUGAAAUACUCGUUUUCACAUCGGGAGAGAAGAAACGAUCAAACUCUACAAGACUUACUAAACAGAAAGCAAAACAGAAGAAGCUACAGGAUUGACCAGUUAGUAGAACUUGACGCACCAAGAAAAGCAGGGUUGUUAGAGAAAUUGAGAUCAUUUACAGACUCAAAUGUUCCUCUAACUGAUAUGGAUGGAAUGACACAGCUUCAAGUGAGAAAAAUGCAUAGAUCAGAUUGUAUAGAGGACCUACAUUCUCCUUCUUCACUUCCAAGAAGAUCAUUUUCUAAUGCAAAACGAAAAUCAAACGUUGAUGAUAACUCAUUACCAAGUUCUCCUAUAUUUCCUACUUACAUGGCAGCCACAGAAUCUGCAAAGGCAAAAACAAGGUCAAACAGCACAGCGAAGCAACACCUAAGGUUACACGAGACAUUGUCAGGUCAACAUUCUCCUUAUAACCUCAAGAUUUCUUCUUGGAGAUUGUCUAAUGGUGAAAUGUAUGACAGCGCCAGAACAAGCAGAACUUCUAGCAGUUAUAUGUUAAUAUAGAAGGUGUUUUACAAGGAUUGAAGAACAUGAGUGUUGUACAUUAUUACUAUCUUUGAUAACGAAGUGUCCAAGCCGGUUUGCUCUCACCUCUGCUAGUUCACCGAGUGUUGUUAACUUCUACAAGUACCAGUACCAGUACUAGGUAACUCUGUUCACCAAAGAUGAAUGUGUACAUUAUCAACCUGUUUAUGCAAGCAAGGGAGCGCAGAAACUCCUAGAUUUGCAGCAUUACUUCUGGACAUGAAAACAAUCAGAAAAAUGGAGCUAUUAUUGGAGCUUCAAACUUCUUCAGUAAUCUAUCUACAGUUGAUUGAUGAAAGAUUACUGGUUUUAACACUUUUUUAUAUAGACUUGCCACAAUGUGUAUAUAUAGUUCAAGUUUUUUUCCCUUUCCCUGUUUGUUUUCCCUUGUUUCAUUUAUUUAUUGAUUUGUAAAGUUGUUUCCAUGAGACCAGGAGGUCACAGGGGUAAGAUUCUGUACAAUAGACCAUAUGGUCUCGAGCCUUCACCAGACCGCACAUAGCGGGGAGCUUAGUGCACUGGGCUGUUGUUCUUUUUUUUUUUUUGCUUCUGAGUUGAUAUACUGGAGGAAGAAUUGUUGUUUGAUGGCCAUUCACCUGGAAGCAUUUCCAAGUUUGGUAAUUGCAUAGAGGUUUAAUCUUUGCCUUCUGUAUUUACA